AUGAAUGGCGAAGGAUUCGACGGGUAUGGUAUAUCUUGCCCUAAAGGAUGUGGUAAAACGUACAAGUACAAGAGUAGCGUUCGAAAUCACCUGAGGGAAUGUGGAGUAGAGCCUCAGUUCGUUUGUCGUGUAUCAAGAUUAGGCGGAUACGAAAAAGCUGCGAGUAAAAGCACCCAACAAGCUUCCGAAAUCUUUUAUUUCUAUUGCCCUCUUCGGUGUGGUAGGAAAUAUAAGUACAAGUGGAACCUCAAUCAACACUUGAGGUACGAAUGUGGCCAAGAGAAACAAUUCAAAUGCACCAUGUGUAGUAAAACAUUCGCUCACAAGAGAAUAAUUUCAGAUGUAUUCGUUUGCCCGAAUACUUGCGGUCGAUCGUAUAAAUAUAGAGCGGGACUUUACCAGCAUCUGAAAUACGAAUGUGGUCGCGCAAAACAGUUCCAAUGUUUCAAAUGUUUCAAAGAUUUCGCUCGCAGAAGCUCCUUGAAGAUUCAUUUAUCCAACGUGCACAGUUUGGUUUAG